AUGGCCAUAAGACGAGUUAUUGGCUUUUGGUAUUCGAUCGUGAGUUGUGUCUAACGUAAAACAAUAAACCGGUGUUUGGAGCAAUUUUUGUGUGAAAAUAAUCGAAAAUGAUGUCUCAUUGUUACUUAGUCACAACUUUUAUUUUACUUGUGCUGGCCAAAUACGGUGUUGCCGACAAGAAACAUACUUUUAGUUUUGAAAUUCGCCGGCAAAAAACACCCACUGAACAGUACAUCAACCAUGGACAUCAUUUUGGUCGUAAGUUCCAGGAAGUUAUUGAGGGGCCGGGGCCACGGGAUAACGACUCCAUCGCUUUGUACAGGUUUUUGGACGAUGAAUUUUAUGGUGAAAUAGUUAUUGGCCAUCCUGGGCAAAAGCUGAACGUUGCGUUUGAUACAACUUGGAGUUACUCAUGGGUGAUAUCCUCGAAGUGCAGUUCUAUCAAAACGAUUGGAUGCUAUUUUCACAACAAAUACGAUCAUAACAAAUCAUCUGAAUAUAAAAAGGAUGGUCGUCCUUUUGCAAUGGAUUUGGGCACUUACAACCUAACUGGGUUCUAUUCUUACGAUAACAUUUCUAUAGCCCAUUCCAACGUCACUGCACAAUCGUUUAUCGAAAUGGUGUAUGUCCCGUAUGAGUUUGUGUUCAACAAAGCGGACGGCGUAAUGGGUCUAGGCUUAAAAACUGACGAAAAUUACGAUCCUUUUUUCUACACUUUACUGAAACAGAAGAAAAUAAAGAAUCCAAUUUUUUCCAUUUAUUUGAACAGAGAUCGGCAGUCAAAUCGUGGAGGUAAUGUUAUGUUGGGUUUUGUUGACCUUAAGCACGUCCACAAAACCAAAGUGGGCAAAAAAAUCGUUUAUGACAAUUUCACUUACUUGCCGGUGGAAAAUUAUGCUUAUUGGCAAUUCCAAAUGGACCAAGUUGUUGUAAAAGUCAGUAAAGAUAAUAAUGUCGUUGUGUGUGAAAAAGGUUGUAAAGCUAUUGUGGACACUAGCUCUAACGCUAUUGUAGGCCCUCAAGCCGACAUCGCUCAAAUACACGACGCAAUUAACGCAAAUGAGUUUUUCUUGCACCGAUAUACGGUGAAUUGCGAUACUGUAAAUAAAUUACCGAAAAUUGACUUUAUGUUGGGUGGGACAAAUUUUACACUUUCGGGAGAAGACUACACGGUUAAAAUGUCUUAUCAUUCUGUGACUAUUUGCCUAUCAGCUUUUAUUCCUGCCAACACAAUUCAAGAACAAGAUCGCUGGAUUCUUGGAGGGGCAUUUUUGGCCGAAUUUUAUACAGUUUACGACGUACAAGCUAGGACCAUUGGCUUUGUUAAAACUAAUUAGCUUUGCUUAACCUGCCUUGUAAUCUUUUUUUGCUCUCUAGUGUUUUGUAUUUUGCUUCCAAUAAAUGAUUAAUGCCU